AUGACAGAGCAGGCUUUUUGCCUGGGUUGCGAUGGUGCAAAUAGUAUUGUCAGAAGGGACCUUGGAAUUGAGCUUGAAGAAGGUCCCAUCCCGGGGUUUGUUCUUCUCAUCCAUUUCAAGCCCAAAGACCUCAGACGCCUCCACAAGCAAGGAAGAUUCUGGCACAUUUUCUUUCCCAAUGAUGUCGCUGCCGGUGGUUCUAUCAAAGAUGCCAUAAUCUCUCAGGAUAAUAUCGAUACCUGGACGGCGCACCUGUUCUUACCAGAAGGAUUUGACUACAGCCAGGUACCCUCGACGCAGGCUACCUAUAUUGUCCUAGGUGGCAUGUGCGCUCCGUACCCAAUCGAAAAAGACCAAGUACUGGUCCGCUCGACUUGGACGCCAAGCAUCGCCGUAGCAAAGUCAUAUUUGGGGCCUCUGCAGAGGAUCCUGAUAGCCGGGGAUGCAUGCCAUCAGACCGUCCCUACCGGCGGCUACGGCAUGAACAUGGGUAUCGAGGAGGCUUUUGACCUUGGAUGA